AUGCAACCAGCACGCCCCAAUCCCCGGGCUCCCGGGAGCUUCAGUCCAUUGGCAGGAUCAGCUGCCGCCGCUUCAUCCGCCGCCGCUGCCAUGCACCCACCUCAACGUCCCCGUCCGGCGCCUCGUCUCGACUCCGAAUCUAGCGAAGACCUGACCCUCAACGUUUCCAAGCAACGAAACCACGCUCCAAGCGCACCCGCCGGCACACCCAUAUACUCGCAAUUCGCCUCCCAGAACAACGGCAGCACCGCCAGUCUUCAGAACUUCUCCAGGCCCACGGCGCAGCGACCUCACAUCAACACCAAUGACCUGAAUACGACGUCCAACAGCAGCGUCCGUACCGCGAGCCCCCUGACCAAGAGCUACCACUCGAGGAAGCAUAGCCAGACACAGGGUCUCUUCGAACCGACCCUGCCAUCGACAAGCACAUCGAAUCUCUCCCACAUCUCCAUGGUCCAACCGCCCGCUGCGAAUCUCGCGCUCACGGCGAGUCAGAUUGCAGCACAGGCUGCCUUCCAACACCAGAACAACAGCGCGCACACGAGGCAGCGGUCGCAGACCGUACCCGCACCCGGCGAGGACGGUGCGCGGCGGGGAAGCAACGGCAAGGGGCCGCUGAGUCCACCGAUUCUGAGUCUGACGGAAGCGAGCGGGCCACGCGAGAGCGGGUUCGGAAAUCAUUCAUACCACAACGGGUUGCUGAACCACUCUUCUGCCGCCCACUCGGCGGCCAACGCUGCCUAUCCUCGAUCAGGCCAAUCGUCACCGGGACUGCCACAACACCCAUCGAGCCCCAUACUUCCGCCGCAACCGCAAGCUUUAGACCAGAGGCCGGCAAAGCUGGAGAAGGAGAAGUCGAAGGUCAAGCUCUUUUCAAGGCCCGUGAAGAUCGGAACGAAGGGCGAGUCCAAGGAGAAACCUCUUCCGAGUCCCAGUAAGAUUGGAUCAGCAUUUGCCUCCCUUCAAAGGGGGAACUUCAGCACCAACAGUCUCGUCGACCCGAGCGCCCAGUCAAUCUACAGUCUGAACAACUCGUCCUCGGCGACGAUCAGACCUGUGGAUACGCUGGUGGAGAGGGAGGGGAAAGAGAAGGAAAAGAAGCACAACUUCCUGUCUCGGCAGAAGAACAAACUGAAGGAAGACUACCACCUGCCCCUGUCUUCAGCAUCGAGCAAUUCGAAACCAACAGACCCAAACGCGCCAACUAGCCUCUACAGCUUCAACAUACCAGCAGGGCAGGCAGCUGCCACCUCGUCUUCGUUCGCCAAGGGUCGAAAAGACAGGAAGACGGAGAGGUCAGAUAGCCGGCUGGACAGCGAGUCGACUCUCAAUCUGCAGUCAGAGUGGCCCGCCCCUGGCAGCUUACCCAGUGCGUCGAGUUAUUCGCUCACACCCGGGGUUGAUCCUACGGAGUCUGGCAAGUACGGGCUGAACAACAUGUCGCUUGAUGAUGCCUGGCCAUUCCUCAAGGCAAAAAUGCUCGUCAUUUUUGAGGGCGAAGACCUGCGCCAGCCUGUCGAGGACUACAAUCGGCUGGUCAAUCUACACAUACAGUACUGCAUACAACGCAGGUCACCCACCAUCAUGUUGGAAGAUCUGAGAGAACUUCUCAUGACGGGAUUCGCUUCGCUCGAUCACACUCUGCGACGGACACAGGAGGACAAGGUCAUCCCAGCCCUCGUUGAGAUGUGGCUGAUCACCUACACCUCCAUCCUUCCGUAUAUGCAGGCUGUUUUCCUUCCCCUGGAUCUCGAAUUCUCUGGCUGCGGCGCCCUCAUGACACCCGAACAAGCAUACGACUUUUGGGGUGGCGUGCUUGACCCUGCAGGCGAUGGCGUGAACCCAGCCUCCUCGGUCCUCGACAUUCGUCGCAUAGUUCUCGCCGCCUACCGCGACAGAAUCAUCCUUCCGCGAUUUGAGAAUCUCAAGACCAUCUUCUCCCGCUUAUCCCUCGAGUUUCUCCCGUCGAGCUUCGGCAACAUGGCACUUGCCUCCGACUCUAUCAGCGCCCUCUCCAGCAGCCCGGCCACACAAUCCGAGCUCGGUUUGGCCCGCCCAGGCACCGCUAUGAGCCUCGACCCCUCCCUCGCCAGCUACGGCUCUACUUCGACCACCCUCCUCGGCGAGGCUGUCAGCGCGGCGGGCAGCAACGGCGGCAACAGCGGGAACGCUGCCGUGAGCAGCCGCAGCCGCGCCAUCAGUAACGUCAGCUAUGCCAGCGGCGGCAGCGACCAGCAGCUGCGGCCAUUUACGCCGUCGUCGGGAGCAGUAGGCUCGCAGCAGGUCCUCGGCAGCGUCAGGGAGCAGAACGUCGAGGAUUCGAAGCAGGUCACGGAAAUGGUCGGGCGAAUGCUGCAGUGCAUGAGCAUCCUGGCCAGCGUGGGCGUCGCCGGGGACGGGAGCGACGAGGGGAACAAGAAGAUGGAGGAGCUCUGCCGGCUGCUCAAGCUGAACUGGCUCGGACGCGGACGGACAGGCCGGAAUCGUAGGGGCAUGGUGGGAGGCCGGGUGAGGAGAGAUGUCGUGCCCGAGGGAACCAGAGAGGGCGUCAGGGUGUAG